CCAAACGUGCACGCCAACGCGGGAAUGUUCGUGCUGCUGCUUCUGCUGGCCGUGGCGACCAGCGCGGUGUCAAUGACCGUGCCUGGCAUUGAUGGUGUGCAAAUUUCUGGUGCAAGUGCACCGGCGCUGAAGGCCAGCAGCAUCGUAACCGGUUCUGGCAAUCUUCCCCGAAGAGUACGCCGAUCGCCCGAGCCAUCGACUUCCACGAGACAACCACCGGGAGCGGUAACGGAGGAGGCUCAAGUGACCUGUCCAGAGUCGCAGUUUACGUGCGUGGUAGAUGGGAAAUGUAUACCCGCCCUUUGGCGGUGUGACACGUCCGCCGAUUGUUCCGACGGUUCCGAUGAAGUCGGUUGUGAUAAAUCGCACACGUGCAAGGCGGAUCAGUUCCACUGUAAGGUGUCCAACCGGUGCAUCCCAUCCGCGUGGACAUGCGACGAAGAUGUGGACUGUGGCGUGGUGGAGAAGUACCACAUGCUGGACGAGUCGGACGAGGAUCCGCAGCUGUGUCGUGCGCACAGAAAGUGCCUCCCGACGCAGGCCCUUUGCAGCGAUGGCAAGUGCCUGGAAAUCGAUCGGUUUUGUGACGGAGCGUGGGACUGCAGCAACGACGAGCUGAACUGCUCGAGCAACGAUACGGCCACGGCCAGCGCACCGACGAGCGCCUGCGAUGCGCUCAAGUGUUCCUACGACUGUCGGCUGACGCCAGGAGGUCCGCGAUGUUUCUGCGCCAAGGAUAGUCAACCGAACGGUAGCGUUUGUGAGGACUUUGACGAGUGCCAGAUCGAAGGCAUCUGUGAUCAGGUGUGCAAGAACCAGCCGGGAUCGUAUCAGUGCAGCUGCACGACCGGCUAUGUCAAGCAAGGCAACAAGUGUACAGCGGUCAAUUUGCCCAAAGAUGAACCACUAUCACUCCUGUUCGCAACACGAAACAAGGUGCGCAAAGUUCCGGUCAGCAAUCGAACAACCAUGUUCGACGAGACACAGCACACCUUCGGUGUCAGUAAUUCCUCCGACACUCGACAGCUGUGGGAAUCUUUCACACGCAUCCGUGCACUAGAAAUGGUGCAUCGCAAUCGAACGUUUUGUCUGUUGCGCAUCUCGAACGAAUCGCGCUUCGAGUGCUACAGCGUCGAUAACACGACCCACAGCUGGACCAUGCCCCGGCCCGACCUUUUCACCAGCCUCGACAACGUGGUGGAUAUCCGGCUCGACUGGGUAUCGGGCAAUUGGUACUUUCUCGACGAAGAACGCGAGAUCAUCUUCGUCUGUUCACCGCAAAUGCAGCACUGUGCGAUCGUGGUGGAAACGCUUUCGGAAGCGUUGCGCCCUCGGCGUAUGGCGCUCGAUCCGACCAAGGGGUUUCUGUUCUUUUCCCACUGGAGUAGCCACGAGGAUGCCAGCAUCGAACGCUCACUGCUCGACGGCACGAACCGGACGUCGAUCGUGCUAAACAAGAUCAUCAAUCCGCUGGACAUCGCGCUCGAUCUGGUGCUGGAGCACGUCUACUGGGUCGACACGCACCUGGACGCCGUGCAGCGGGUUAACUACGACGGCAGUGGCCGUUGGUUUCCCAAGAAAAGCCCCACCUUUCUGUUCCACUUUCAACACCUGUACGCGCUCGACGUGUUCGAGCGGACGAUCUACCUUUCGUCGUGGCAAAACGGUAGCGUGGUGGCACUGGAAGGGAGCACGGGCCGGUGGCGCGUUGUCGUACCGGAGGCAUCCCGUGCCGUUCAUCUGCACGUGUUCCAUCGACAGAAGCAACCGGAGGUAGCGCACCCUUGCCGGCUCGGGAACGGCGGCUGCGAUCAGCUGUGCAUUCCGGUGUGGAAGAAAACCGGUGUGGCCAUCGCCCAAUGCCUCUGCUCCCCAGGGUAUCGACUCAAAACGAAAACGCAGUGCGUUCUCAUCAAACGACCAACGAUUUUGCUGUACGCCAAAUCGAAUCCCGCCAUGAUACGGGGGAUGGCGAUCGGCAUCAAGUCGCAGGAAGCGAUCGUACCCGUGACCAACAUUGGGUCACAUGUGUCUUUCGACUAUCACAGCGAAGAGCAGCAGAUAUACUUUACCCAUCGCAUCAAAGAUUCCCCAUCGUUUCGCAUCGAGACACAGAAAUAUGACGGAACCGGCCGGGAAUUAAUCCUGGAAACGCCCGGUUCGUGCGAUGGCAUUGCAUACGAUUGGCUUGGCAACAACAUUUUCUGGACCGACUCGGAUAGGAAUCAAAUUUCCGUGAUUAAACUGGGAGGAUCUAAGACGCAGCGAUUAACGCUCCUCCGUCAUCUCGCCGCCCCAAAAUCAAUUACAGUUGAUCCGAAGCAAGGACGGAUCUACUGGACGUCCUGGUCGCUGCCGAACGGACGCAUCGAUCGUGCGUGGAUGAACGGUUCGCACACGGAACAGUUGGUAAGCGGCAGCGAACGUCCGAUCGAAUGGCCGACGGGACUCUCAUUGGAUACGGUCCAGCAGCGGCUGUACUGGUGCGACGCCCGUCUAAGCUGGAUCGAGAGCGUAAACCUCGACGGUACCAACCGCGUCCUGCUGUACGACGGCCGGUCACACGGAAAGUUUCCCAUCGCGCUCACAGUCCACCGGCAGCUUGUUUACUUCGCCGACAAUGUGAAGGGCCACAUCGAGCGGUUCAAUCUGAGCGAUCCGCUCGCGGUGGAAACGGUCACGAUCGAAAAACCGCAAGUGCUCGGGAUGAAGAUUUUCGACAACCUCACCCAGUACGGUGGAAAUGGGCGGAACGCGUGUGAAAUCGAAUGUGUCGGGAUCUGCCUGAACACACCGACCGGCGAGGCUAGCUGCCGGUGCGAGGACGGAUUCACGAUGUCACUGCAAACCGACGGCAAGACGCCCAUCUGUGUGCCGUUCGAUGUGCAACACUCGGCGGCCACCUGUAACAAUAGUACGCACUUUUUGUGCCACAAUAAGAUCGACUGCAUUCAGAUCAAGUACACGUGCGACGGUGAUCGGGACUGCGAGGAUGGAAGCGACGAGGAAGUGAUACCGGAUGGUCCGUGCGAUCCAAACUGUGACCUCGAACGCAACUUCAAGUGCGACGAGCAGCGCUGCAUACCCCGGGCGCUUGUUUGCGAUGGUUCGGUCGACUGCAUCGACGAGACGGAUGAGGAUUACCUCAACUGUCCGAACAAGACGUGCGGGGAAAACUUUUUCCAGUGUGCCGUCAGCCAUCGGUGCAUACCGAGUACGUGGGUGUGCGAUCGGCAUCUUGACUGCGGACCGAAUGAUCACUCGGACGAGCCGGACCACUGUCACCAGUGUCCGGAGUUUGAGUGUAAAAAUUCGGCCUGCGUACCGUUCGAGUAUCUUUGCGACGGAGUCGAUCAUUGUGGGGACAAAUCGGAUGAAUCACAAUGUGAUCUUGACUGUGGUCCGAACGAGUUCUUCUGCAGCCCUCACGGUUGUAUCGAUCAGUCGUUAAUGUGUGAUCCAAAGCUCAACUGCAUGAAUGCCUUCCACGAGUGCGAUACGUUGCCGAAGGUGGGUGACUCAAACUCCAGCUCCAGCACGCCGCAGUUGUCGGAAUCGGAGAUAAAGGAGCUUUGCAGUUUGGACCUCCCAGUGAUUUGCGGUUCCAAUCGACGGUGCAUGGAAACCUACAACCGUGUCUGUCAGCGGAUGGAGUUUGGAGCGUUCAACGAGUCGGCUCCUGAAUGCCACCAUCCGGAUCGCUUGUGUCGUGUAACGAAUUCGUGCCUAAAGGUAACUCAACUGUGCGACGGCCGUACGGACUGUCCUGAUGGCACGGAUGAAGGGUUCCGGUGUGCGGAGAAAGUUUGCGACACAUUCCAGGAGUGCUCACAUUCCUGCCACAAUGCACCGGAGGGUGCGGUUUGCUCGUGUCCGCCACAUCUGUUCCUUCAGCCGAACGGCCACGACUGUGGGCACGAUCAUGCGUGUGACGCGUGGGGCACAUGCUCGCAGACCUGUUUGACAAAAGAGGCGCACUAUCGGUGCAGUUGCGUUGAGGGUUACACGUUGCAGUACGAUAAGUUUACGUGUCGCAGUAACAAUCCCGAUCCGGCGUACGUGAUCUUCAGCAACCGACAAGAAAUCCUGGGCGUUGAUUUGGCCACUUUGGGCGUGAAAAGUUUCUACACCUCGCUGCAGAACACGAUCGCGUUGGAUUUCCUGUACCAUGGCGAUCUCAUACAGAUUUUCUGGUCGGACGUGGGAGACGACAAGAUCUACCGAGGAACGCUGAAGAACGAUACGCUAAGCAAUGUCGAAGCAGUCGUGCAGUCGGGAUUGUCAACGGCCGAGGGUCUCGCGGUCGAUUGGAUUGGAAUGAACAUCUAUUGGAUCGAUUCGAAUCUGGACCAGAUCGAGGUGGCCAAAACGAACGGCAGCUUCCGGAGAACGCUGGUGGCGGGUGACAUGGUGAAUCCACGCGCGAUCGCACUCGAUCCGAUGGAGGGAGUGCUCUUCUGGACGGACUGGGAGGAAGGAUCUCCGCGGCUCGAACGUUGUACGAUGGCGGGCGAAAAUCGAACGGUUGUUAAAUACGUCGGUUCUGAUGGGGGCUGGCCGAACGGCAUUGCGUUGGAUUACGUGCUGAAGCGCGUGUAUUGGAUCGAUGCACGAUCUGAUUCGAUCCACACGAUAACCUACGCGGGACUGGAUCAUCAUCUGGUAAUCAAAGAUCAAGCAGUGCUGGCGCAUCCCUUCAGCAUAACCGUGUUCGACAACUACGUGUACUGGACGGAUUGGCGCACGUACUCGGUAAUACGCGCAAACAAGUGGAACGGGUCGGAUGUGAGUAUUAUACAGAAAACGCAAAGCCAACCCUUCGGCAUUCAGGUGCUGCACUCUAGCAGGCAACCGAACGCCCAACCGAACCCGUGUGGCGUCAACAAUGGCGGCUGCUCGCACCUUUGCCUGCUGAGUGUUGGUCAACGGCAUGAGUGUGCCUGUCCGCACGUGAUGCGCCUGCACGAGGAUCGCAUGCGCUGCAUCCCGAACGAAGAGAUCCUCCUGUUCGUCGUGUCAACCGAGAUCCGUGGAGUCGAUCUACAGCAGCCGGCACACUAUACCAUCCCGACGAUCAGCGAUCAGGGGCAGGUGGUGCAUCCGUCGGUGCUUGACUACGACAUUAGCGCCGCGCGGUUGUAUUGGAACGACAUUCAUCUGAAGGAAAUCAAAUCAUCUGGAUUAUCAACCGGCCCGAUCGAAACCAUCCUCGACACGGGCAUCUCCCAUUCGCUCGGCUUUGCGGUGGAUUGGAUCUCGAAGCUGCUCUACUUUUCAACCGGCAACGAAACGCACAGCCGCAUCAUGGUGAGCAAUCUGCAUGGAGAGUACGUGUCGGAAAUCGCCACCGGACUUUCACUCGUGAACAGUCUCGUCGUGUACCCAACGAGAGGCAUGAUGUACUUUGCAACAACGAGUGAAUCACCGAAACUCUACGAACUGUACGCCAGUCGCAUGGAUGGUUCGGAAAGGCAGCUGAUCAGCAACUCGACCUUCUAUCCGAUGGACAAAUUGGCGCUCGAUUUCGAAACCAACAGGUUGUACUAUAUCGUUUCGCAAGCAGGGGACAUCAAUUACUACGACAUUGGCAGCGGGAAGAUAGUGCAAGUGCUUGCAUCACAUCAGAAUCAGCACCCUAUUACCACCUUCACGAUCUAUCGCGAAUCGAUCUACUACGACGAUAACGAAGAUGGGCGCAUCAUGCGCUGCAACAAGAACCUCUGCCAAAAUGCGGUACCCGUGCGAAAUAACACGAACGGAGUGAACGCGAUACGGAUGUACCACCCGGAGGCGCAGAGUGGGACAAACUCCUGCCAGAAGCGUCCAGAUGGAUCGACGGCAACGGGUUGCGCCCAUCUCUGCAUCCCUGUUUCGGCCCAAAGUCAUGUGUGUCAGUGUGCGAUGGGUUACCGGCGUGAUCCACGGAACGCAUCCCGUUGCAAUGAACUGGAUGAUCUGCUAGUGUACUCAAUCGGUGAUCAGUUGAAGGGUAUUGCACUCCCCGUGCAUCCGGAAGAUGCGAUGCACUUGCAACCGCAUUACACCGAAGCCUUCGGUCUGUUGCAACGGAUCUCGUUGGCAACAAGUAUCGAUUUUCAUGCCGAAUAUCAAUACGUGUUCAUCGCCGAUGCAGACCGGGGCUCGAUUACGCGCAUCAAACGUGAUGGAAGUGGACGGGAGGUGAUCAUUAGCAACUUUGAGCAGGUGGUCGAUGGUGGUUCGCUCGAUUGGCUGGGCGGAAUCGCGGUCGACUGGCUGGCGGACAAUAUCUACUGGACGGAUCAGAAGCGGAAUCUCAUCGAAGUGGCGCGCUUGAAUGGAAGCCUGCGGUAUGUGGUCGCUUCGGACGUAGAAAGCCCCCAGCUGCUGGCGAUCGAUCCGGUGCAGGGGUAUCUGUUCUACGGCAGCAAGAAUGGCACGAUCGGACGCAUGGGCUUGGACGGAACGGGGAACUUUAUCCUAGUCAACCGUUCGUCGGGCAUCAGUGACUUAGCGGUGGAUACGGAUAAUCAGGUUGUUUACUGGUGUGAGAUGCUUACCGACACGAUCUGGAAGGUGGACUACGAUGGUAACUUGAAGAAACUGUUGCUCAACAGUACGCUGCACAAUCCCAAAUCGAUCGAUCUGUACGGAGAUGCCAUUUUCUGGUCCGAUGCACGGGGAAACAUCAACGCGGCCCCGCUCGGUAACAUGGCGAGCAAUCGAACAUUCGUUGUCGAAUCGUUGGAGAAGGGUUCCGCACUUAAUGAUAUCAAAAUUUUGUCCAGCAGCAUGCAGUCUGUGAAGAACAAAACGAACACAUGUGGCGAUGCAAAUGGAGGCUGUCAGGAGUUGUGCCUGUUCAAUGGCACGCUGCCAAUCUGUGCCUGUUCCCAUGGGAAAAUCUCGUCCACCGAUAGAAAGACGUGCGAGCCGUACGAAAGCUUCCUACUGUACUCGCGCCAAUCAGCCCUCGAAAGUAUCCACAUGACGGACGCGACCAACAUCAACGGCCCGGUAGCGGAGAUCAAGAACUCGUCGUACCUAAAAAAUACGAUUGCGUUGAGCUACGACUACGAUCGUCAGUUGAUCUUUUACUCGGACAUCGACCACAGCACGAUCAAUGCGGUACACUUCAACGGCACCGGUCACCGACGGAUCGUCACAAAGCAGCUGACAGUGGAGGGACUCGCUUUUGAUUUACUCACGCGUGUUCUCUUCUGGACGUCGAACAAUGAGGCUGCGAUUCGAUCGCUCGAUCUAACAAACGUAUCACUCACCGAUCCGGUAGCGAAUGCGGCCCUCGUACAGGACGUCAUAAAGCUGCGUCCGAUGGACAAACCACGGGGGAUCGCGGUCGAACCGUGCCUGGGAAUGAUCUACUGGACGAAUUGGAAUCAGCAAGCGGCAUCGAUCCAGCGUGCGUACCCUUCCGGGUACGGGUUGGAAAGUAUCAUCACCGGUGACAUUCAGAUGCCUAAUGCGAUCACGCUCGACUAUCAGGCGAGGAAGUUGUACUGGGCCGAUGCGUUGCUGGAUAAGAUCGAGCGGACGGACUACGAUGGGAAGCACCGGGUAGUGUUGGCACACUCCACUCCAAAGCAUCCGUUUGCGAUGGCCGUGUAUGGUGAUCUGCUCUUCUGGACGGACCUCACGAUCCACGCGGUGAUUCGGGCGAACAAAUACUCCGGCAGUGACGUAGUGCUGUUGCGUCGGGACAUAGCUCAGCCGAUGGGAAUCGUUGCGGUGCAGAAGCUCGACAAAGAGUGCAACUCCGAUCCGUGCAAGCGGCUGAAUGGCUUUUGCGAAGAUAAGUGCAUGACGGAUGCGCACGGGAAGAUCUUGUGCCAGUGCACCCAAGGUGUAUUGGCGUCCGAUGGACAACACUGCAUCUCGAAGGAGGUUAGCAAUUGCAGCUCGUCCGAGUUUACCUGCACCAAUGGGAACUGUAUUCCGUUCCAUCUGACCUGUGACUCCAUCAAACACUGUCUCGAUGGGUCGGACGAGCUUGCGACGUAUUGCGCACAUCGGCCGUGCCCCAGUGGGUACUUCCGGUGUAAUAAUGCACGCUGUAUCCCGCACAGUCAGCAGUGUAAUCACAUUCAGAACUGUGGCGACGGGAGUGACGAGAUUGGGUGUACUUGUAACAAUUCCACUCACUUCCGCUGCACCAACGGCCAGUGCAUCGUGAAGUCGAUGAGGUGCGAUUACGAACCCGACUGCAAGGACGUUUCGGACGAGCUCGGUUGCCCAACGGUGCGCAAUUGUAUGGUGGGCUUUUUGAAGUGCGCCAACACGACCGCAUGCUAUAUGCCAACGUGGCGCUGCGAUGGUGAGAACGACUGCUGGGACAACUCGGACGAGCAAGACUGCCCGACGGCCAUACCGACCUGUCCGGAGGAUAAGUUCCUGUGCGCUAACGGUCGCUGCAUCCCGCAGUCGUGGCGCUGCGACGACGAGGACGACUGUAGUGAUGCGCCACCGGCUAUCGGUGGCGCUGGGCUCAGCUCGGACGAGGUGGCCUGUGUAAAACACUGCAAACCGAACCAGUUCAAGUGCACCAACACGUCGGAGUGCAUCUCCAACAGCUGGCAGUGCGACGGGCAUCCGGACUGUGCGGACGGGUCGGACGAGGGGGAGCACUGUGCGCGGCGCGAUUGUCCCGAGUCGGAGUUCCAGUGUCCCACCACGAACCGGUGCAUCCCGCAGGAGUGGGUGUGCGAUGGAGAGGUGGAUUGUGGCCGCACGCAGGACGACGAGAUUGGCUGCGAUGAGGCGACGCAGUUCAGCGGAGUAUGUGAUAAUAUGUCGCACACCUGUGCCAACGGGGAGUGCGUCAGUUUGCUGAGCAUCUGCGAUGGCGAAGCGGACUGCGUGGAUGGUUCGGAUGAACCGCUCUACUGCAAGGAAGCACACGAAGACGAAGACGACGACGACGAAGAGAGGCACGAUCAUGCUAGUGGGGUGAGCUGCGGCAAGGGGGAGGAACAAUUCCGUUGCGGCAACGGUCGGUGCAUAGCGCGCAAUCUUACCUGCAACGUGAACGACGACUGUUUGGACGGUUCGGACGAGGACAUUCGGUUGUGUCGCAACACGACACUGAUCUGCGCCGGGCCGGACCUGUUCCGGUGCGAAAGUGGUGCCUGCAUAACGAGCAACAUGCUUUGCGAUGGAGCGAACGAUUGCGGCGACUGGAGUGACGAGAAAUCGUGCCAGGUGAACGAGUGCGAAGCGAUACCGUUCCUGUGCGCGCACAAGUGUGAGGAUCGACCGGUCGGGUAUGAGUGUGUCUGCCGGCCCGGUUUCCGAGUGUACGCCAACGACAAACAUCUCUGCGUCGAUGUGGAUGAGUGUACCGAGCAACAACCACGUCCAUGCAGUCAAACGUGUGUGAAUACACACGGAUCGUACCAUUGCUCGUGCCAGGAAGGGUUCGUACUACGGGACAAUGAAACGUGUCGAGCGGAUGGCGACACGAUUAUACCGCCGAAACUGAUCUUCUCCAAUCGGUACUACUUGCGCGAGGUAGACCUUGGCGGUGGCAUGACGAUCUUAGCACACAACCUUACCAACGCCAUUACGCUGGAUUUCGACUGGCAGGAGCAAUGCUACUACUGGUCGGAUGUGACGCGAACCGUCAUUACGGUGAAGCGAAUGUGUGGCGUUGAUAAUGGCACCCAGCCACGGCCGAUCGACGUGGUACACCGGACCAACUUGAAAAACCCCGAGGGCCUUGCCGUCGACUGGGUCGGCCGAAAUUUGUACUGGUGUGACAAGGGACUCGAUACGAUCGAGGUUUCUCGGCUGGAUGGUCGCUUCCGCCGUGUGCUGAUCGAUCAGGAAUUGCAAAAACCGCGUGCGAUCGCGCUCGAUCCGUACCGGCGGAUGAUGUACUGGACGGAUUGGGGCGAUCGGCCGCACAUUGGGCGCGCCGGGAUGGAUGGGAGUAACCAGACGAUUCUGAUCAAGGAUCAACUCGGUUGGCCCAAUGCGCUAACGAUUAGCUUCGAGACGAACCAGCUGUUCUGGGGUGACGCACGGGAGGACUACAUCGCCGUAAGCGACCUCGAUGGGCAGAACGUGCGGAUACUGCUGACGAAGACGCGCCAACCGUCGCUGAACCUGCAUCACGUGUUCGCGAUCGCCGUAUGGGAGGAUCGCAUCUAUUGGUCCGAUCUGGACACCAAAUCGAUCGAGUACUGCCACAAGUUCCGUGGUGACGGUUGCGGUACGCUCAUCAACACCAUCCACCGGCCGAUGGAUAUUCGGAUCUUCCACCCCUACCGGCAGCGUCAACCGAAAGAGAAUCCGUGCGAAAAUUCGGGCUGCCAAACGCUGUGCGUCCUGUCGCCAGAAACACCCGAAGGCUAUCGGUGCCUCUGUCCGGACAAUUUUGUCCUCGCCGAGGAUGGCAAGAGUUGUACGGCCAACUGCACGGCGGCACACUUCCAGUGCCGGGACACAUUCAAGUGUAUUCCGUUCUAUUUUCGAUGCGAUCAGCAGGACGACUGUGGGGAUGGUAGCGACGAGCCGCCGAAUUGCCCCACGUUCAACUGCGAAGCGGGCCAGUUCCAGUGUGAUAAUAGGAUAUGUAUAAACCCAAGCCAAAUUUGCGACGGCGUCAAUCAGUGUGGCGAUCUGUCCGACGAGCGGGACUGCGAUGCGUUCGAGUGUUUCAGCUCCUACUUCAAGUGUGGCCCUUCGGCGGCGAAAAACACCUCCGGGUACUGUAUCGAGCGCGCCCGGCGAUGUGACGAAGUUUCCGACUGCCCGAACGGCGAGGACGAACAGGACUGCGAACCGGCGACCUGCCUAUUCACUCAGUUCCGGUGCGCCAACGGUGGCAAGUGUAUCGAUCGGACGUGGGUGUGCGACAACGUGCCCGACUGCAGCGAUGGUUCGGACGAGCAAGUGUGCGGUCCGACGGCCACCUGUCCCGAGAACGAGUUCCGGUGCAGUGAAGGUCGCUGUAUACCGCAAUCGUGGCGCUGCGACGACGAAAAAGACUGCGCCAACGGUGAGGACGAGACGGACAACUGUCAGAAACCGGAGGCGAUCACCUGCGAACCGUCCAGCUUCCGGUGCAACAACUCCAAGUGUAUUCCGGGCCGGUGGCGGUGCGAUUUCGAGAACGAUUGCGGUGACAACUCGGACGAGCUGAACUGUGAGCUCCGCAACUGCUCGGAAUCGGAGUUCCGGUGCCGCGAUGGCCACUGCAUUCGAGGAAUUCGGCGGUGCGACAACGAGUUCAACUGUGCGGACCACAGUGACGAAGAGAACUGCAAUGUUACCUGUGGGCCGGAUCAGUUCAAGUGCAAAAGUCAUCCAGCGUGCAUCAGCAAUAAAUUUAAAUGCGAUGGUGAUAACGAUUGUAUUGACGAGUCGGACGAGGAAGACUGUCAGUGUCAGGAGGGCGAGUACCGGUGCAAAAAUGGCAAGUGCAUCCUCAACAGUUGGGUAUGCGAUGGCAUCGACGAUUGUCUCGAUAACUCCGAUGAAAUGGGCGAGUACUGCAAGAAGAAUGGUUGCCACAAGCGUGCCUUCCGGUGCGCGAACGGAAACUGCAUCCGGAAGAGUCUGAUGUGUGACAACAAGGACGACUGCGGGGACAAUAGCGAUGAGAAGAGUGGCAUCUGUCACAAGUGUCCCCCGAACUCGUUCCGCUGCACGAGCGACUCGAAGUGCAUCGAUCAAGCGCUCCGGUGCGAUCGCACACCGCACUGUCUGGACGAAUCGGACGAGAUUGGAUGCAUCAAGACGGGGUGUGGGUUCGGGGCGUGUAGUCAGAUCUGUGUGGAAAAGAAGACGUACUACAAUUGCCGCUGUACCGACGGUUAUGUUAAGAAUGGUGUCGGACGGAACGGGACGUGUGUGGCAGUGGACGAACAGGGCAUCCUUUUGGUAGCCUCCGAGUCGGACUUCCGCAGUUUCUACGUCGAUACGCCGGUGAUGGGAUACCUGCAGACAUCGUCGCUCAAGAUUGAUCGGUUCGAUUUCGCCAUCACGCGCCACAACAUUAUGCUGUUCUGGAUCGACAGCUACGAUACCAGUAUUAAUAAAAUCCUCAUGGACACCACGGUCAAGGAUGGUGGCGAUGGAGGAGGGGAUAAGCAACCGGGAAAACGGCUCGCCCAGCAUGACCCUCCAGCGCCAUCGCCGGCACCCGCGCCACCAUCGUACGAUCGGAUCAAGACACUGGACGGCAAGCACUCGUCGGUUGUGCUGAAGGACGAUGACGUUGUACCGGCCGCCAUCGCCUGCGAUUGGCUGACGGAGCACCUGUACGUGAUCAACAAAAAGCGCAGCAACAUCUUCGUCAUGAACUACAACGGAACCAAUCGGACGACGCUCACGGCGACCGGUAAACAUCCGAUCGAUCUCGUCGUCGAUCCAGUCAACGGCGUAAUGGUGUGGUCGAUCAUGGAGACGAUCAUCAGCUCGGGCAUGGAUGGGCACGGCAAGCGGAAGCUGGUGCACACGAACCUCGAAUGGGCAUCGGGGCUAGCGAUCGAUACCACCACCAAGCGCCUUUACUGGGCCGACUAUCGGAAAUCGACCAUCGAAACGUGCCUUUUGCUGACCGGCACGGAUCGGCACGUGAUUGCGUCGCUGCACGACUACUCGAAGCCGAAGCAGCUGGAUGUGUUCGAGGACAGUGUGUACGUGAUCCUGUACAAUCAGAACAUCCUGAAGCUGAACAAAUACGGUCGGGAUAAUGGGACGUACAUGAACGAACAGGCGCAUGGUGCCGGUGCUGGUGGAUAUCGAUCUUCCGAUGUUCACUUCAUCCAUCCACUGAAGCACGAUCAUAGUGUGCCGAACCCUUGUGUGAUCAGUCCUUGCCACGAAUCUACUAUCUGUCUGCUGUCCACCGAAAAUCGCCUGAAGCGCACCUGCCUCUGCACCGAUGCUCGACCCAAAGCUGUUUUGGAUGAUCGAACGAAGGAGGUGCGGGAAUGUCUGGAAGCGGCACCAUCACCCGCACCAACUCGCUGUCCGUUGCACUGCAACAAUGGCACCUGUGUACUCGGGCCGGAUGGUCAGCCGCGAUGCGAAUGCUCAUCGAACUACGAUGGCAAGUACUGCGAUCACUACAUCUGCUCGGGAUACUGCAAGAACAAGGGUUUCUGCGUGAUCGUGAACAAUGAACCGAAAUGCAGCUGCCAUCCACAGUGGACCGGCAAGCGGUGCGACAUCUCUACCGACAAGUGCGAUGGGUACUGCCACAACGGAGGCAACUGUACGAUCGUACAGCGGGACGAUCGUCGAUGCACCUGCCCGACCGAAUACAGAGGCGAACGGUGCGAACAUUGUGCGAAUAUGCGCUGUGAAAACGGAGGCGUGUGUCGGCCGACCUCGGCCGGUCGGAACCAGUGUCAGUGUGCGGAGGGCUUCGAGGGACAUAACUGUGAGGUGAACCGUUGCAGCGGGUACUGUGAGAACGGUGGUACGUGUAUGAUCGAGCAGGGCGCGCUUAAGUGUAGCUGCCCUGCUGGGCCGGAGGUGCCUUACGCGAUCACUGGUGAUCGGUGUCAGUUCCGAGGUUGUGCGGAUCUUUGCCGCAACGGUGGCGAUUGUGUGCCGGGCGAGCGACCAUACUGUAAAUGCCGGGAGGGGUACGAUGGUCAGUACUGUGAGCACGAUUUGUCGCCCGGUGAACCGUCAUCCACGCAUUCACCGUCCAGUUCGUGCAAUUCGUUCAGCUGUAACAACGGAGGCCACUGUCUGGAGAUCCGCGGGUCACCGAUCUGCAACUGCACGAUGCAGUAUGCCGGCGAGCACUGCGAAAACUACGUCAUGUAUCGCAAUCCGUGCAACAACUUCUGCUACAACAAUGGUAUCUGCCGGCUCGACCUGUUCUCCUCGUCCAAUGGCACCUACAUCCCGUCGUGCGUUUGCAUCGGCGAGUGGAUGGGCGAACGGUGCGACCGGCCACCGAACUGUAUAGUCGAGUGCGGUACCUGCGUCGAGGGUAGCUCGAUCAACGAGUGCACAUGUGAGGACGAUCGCAUAAGCAUCUGUUUGCGCGAGGUGUCGCUCAGCGAGCUAGAGGGCACCGAUCCGAACGCCAGCAGCUACACUUUGUCGGUGCUGGUAAUCAUACUGUUUGUGAUACUCAUCAUAGCGGCCGGAUUCGGUGGAACUCUUUACGGGCUCAAGAAACGGCGUACUGGGCAACCAUUCCUACACGCACGUUUGACGGAUAACGUGGAGAUCACUAACCCAAUGUAUCUGGGGGAUGCCGACGAGGGUCCAGCGUUUGUACAUGACGAUGAUAAGGUUCACUUCGGCAACCCGGUGUACGAGCAGAUGUACGCUGGCAGCGUUAACGUGCACAGCGAUUCGUCGACGCUCGCCGGCAACAGUGCCCAUCCGCUGCUGAACGUCACCUCGACGGCUCCGGAGGAGAAGAAAGGCCUCUUGCAGCAGGACGACACGAUCACGGCCGAUCUAUUAUGAUGCAAGGCGAAAUAGUAGCAGCUGCUGAAGCAACGGUUUUAAGGGCGGCGUACGAUCGUGAUCGUGCCCGCUAGAACCGUUGCUGGCUUCCUUUUCCCCCGUUGAGGCGUGCAGAAGGAAGAAGGCAGUUUGUUUACUCACCUAUCCAGUGCUGUUUUUAGCUAAGCUUUUGUGUUUUUGUUGUUGUUAGUCGUGCUCUCACAAACCAGAAGGAGGGUACUAAUUAUUCAGUAUGAUUUCAUGUUAUACUUCACACGCGCCCAGCAGCAGCAGCAGCUAAACAAUUGGAGCCAUGAGGUAGCUAGUUAGAAGAAAAUGAAAAAAAAAGUUUAAACAAAUGGCAAACGGCCACAAUGGCACAUCACUAUCGUCACAAUGGGGGAAGGAAAACCAUACGCGUACCCACCCACUCAAAUCGCAUCGCAUGAGCUUUAAGUCAAAGGGUUUUAUAUUUUAUGUUCCGAGAUAAGUCCUAACGUGCUAAGUCAACUAUUUUAACGCGAUAUCCAUUUGCCCCCUCCCUAUUCCUAAACACAGCAGAGGGGAGGCAGCUAAUUCGAGGACGAGCGAAACGCCAAUCCAGACACUAACAAUAAUAGUAAUAGUAAUUAACUUAACGUAAUGGAAAAGUUGAUAAUGAUAAUGAUAAUAAUAUUAGUAAUACUCUAUACUACAACCGAGUGCUGUAGUGAAGCAGCGCUCUCCAACAGCAACCAAUAAUAAUACAACGAUAAACGAUACGAAUACGCCAUUAUAUUGCGGAGGGCAACGCCAGUUUGCCGAGUUUGUAUAGUCAUUUUUGUAAUCGUGAAGAAGAGGCAACCGAGAAGUAAAACAAACCUGCGCUAACGUCUCGCUUAGGCAAUAUAAUAAGAAACAGGGCAGCGAUAUAUUAUGGACACUAUGAAUUACACAAAGCGUUGGUGAACAGGAAACGAAAACGUAGGUAUUUCUAUGAUGGCUGUUUGUGUGGUAAUGUGCUUUUUUUCUUAUUCUUUUAUUCGUACACAGAUACCGAUAGGAAAAACGGAAAAGGAACAACAGUUUUAAGUAUAGCAAUUGUAGUAGGCUGAUGAUAAACAAAAAAAGGUGUAACCGAAAGUCUAGUACACUCUAGUUCACUGUAAGCGAAACGGUCACAGCAAGCCGUUGAAAAGGAACAAAUUGUUGUUAGCAUGAAUUUAGGUUGUUGAACGUGUUCGAUAAUUGAAACGAAACAAACGAAUGGUAUAAACGGAAACGGUUUAGUGGGAUUUCCCGGAGGGUAGGCGAAUGCCCCGCUCUCCCGCCAGCUCUCGAAUGCAAAGCAAACAUAUACUCCUCCUACACCAAACCCCUAGCAAGUACUAUGGUUGAUAUGAGUUCUUUCCUUUCCAUGUUUCCCCGCUUGAAUUUUCGAGCUAGAAUUAAAUGUACAUUUCGUAGGAAAACCCGAAACAAAUCAGCAAAGAUUUCAACCUCGCGGAUCCAAGGGAUAUAUGGGUGGUUGUCCGCUUGCUGCAGAAAAUAGAUAGAAGACAUCGACGGUGAACCGUUGUUGCGCUGCCAUCAGGAGGUGAAAUGUGUCGCAAGUGAUGGAAAAUGUUAAGAAAAAUAUAAAGACUGUAAUUUUUAAAACCCCUG